AUGCGCUUCAUCAGUGAAACGCUGGCCAAUAACCCGACCUGGAUUAGUCCACUUGGUGGUCUCAUCCGGUCGGGCUCCCUCAAUGGACUUCUGAAGGAAGUUGCGAGGACGGGCGACACCGGCGGACUGAGAUGGAAGGGCAAGGCCAGCAAAUGGGGAGCGUUGCCACCAGAGAUGUGCGUGCUAAUGCUCAAUCGAUGUGGUUCGCAUCUCUCGGAGCAGGUCUUGAAUAAGGAAGACGUACUACGAACCCUCUUUCACACGCAGCUCUUGGUGGCAAAGUGUGCAUUUAUGCCGAGUCGAUCAGACGUUCGCUAUCAAUCUGCAUUGGUCAAGUUUGCGAAGGCCCGGAUGGAGGAGGCCCUACAUUACGUGGUUCCGCCGAGGCUCAGGGAGUCAGUGCAGGCCUACUACGACGAGGUGGAUGCCAUGACCAAGUCCAUGGAGGCGCGCAUCGCCGAGAACGAGGCCAACGGCAGCCCUAAAAAGGCCCACGAGCUGAUGACCGAG